AUGGAGAUAUCCUUCCGCAGUAGCACUAGUUGCUUUGAGUUCGCAAUAGAAUUUCUUGGCUGGAUGUAUGAAACCAUCUUAGCGUUCGAUUCUCUUAUCUCGAACCUGAAGAAGGGGGUGAGACUAUUACAAAGCUUUGACCUGUAUCUGACAAAGUGUAGGAGGAGGAACCAUGAAACCUGUUUGGAACAAGAUGAGGAGGAGAAGGAUGUUACGUCUUCCAGAAUUCAAGAUCUGAUUAUCAGGAGAAUGGAAGGUCUUGAAUUUGCUUGCAGCGAAUACUUGAUUCAUUCUCGUUCGCCUGAUUGGACUCAUAUUGAAGGUGAGCUCACCAUAUUCUUGGAAGCGAUCAAGUUGUUUUUCGAAACAGAUAUCAACGAAUCGUGCAUCAACUUUCUGCUGGACUGUUACUGGCUGCGAGAUCCAGAGCUAGUUAUUGAUUUCAUUGAUUCAGUUUCCGAGAAUCUGGCAGAAAUUGACGAAUCCCAUUUCAAACGCCUUGACAAGAAGCUAAUGUUCUUGAAGAGUUUCAUUCGCUUUGCCAUAUUUUGCGGUAUCGAGGGUCAGAAAUCGAUAGAUCUCUUGAUUCAUGCUGAAGUGGUGGCUAUCAAUGCAUUACACGUGUUUUCUAUAUGGUGGUUCGACAGCGGUACAUACAAUGGAGAAGUAUGGAAGAAAACAGAACUUCAAAUUUGUCGACUAAUAAGUGAGAAGAUUAAUCUCGGUAAUCCCCAGGUCCGAGAAACUUACAACCAUGUCUUGACUCUAGCAAAGUUGUCAAGAUCAUCAGACAUUUUAGCUCUGGAGAAGAAUAAGCAUCUAGUAGCUGACUUUAUGGAUGAUCUCAUUACCAAUAUUAUGGAGCUAGUAGAAUCUUGUACCAAUACUUUGGUUCCGAUUAUGAAUCAAAUGCUAAAACUCCUUGAGGGGCUAAGAUUCCUGACAAUCCUUCUCAGGCAUCAGGAGAAGUUCAAAGAGCUAUGCCAUGAAAUGAAGAACCUUAUUGUAGUUGUGGCCUGUGAUGCAGCGGUUGUAAUUAUCUCUCUUUCUGUGAAUCAAAUCGAAGAAGGCUUGUCCAAGGAAACCGAUCUUGCUCUUUUUCAUUUGCUCAAAGUGCUCAAGUUUGUAAGGGCAGAAUUUACACAGGUCGAUCCACUAACACCGGUAUCAGGAUUUGGUUUUCCUAGGAUCAGUGAGUUGGGAUCUAUGGAUUUUCUCCUAAGAAAUCUGAAGGAACUAGCAAGGUCCGAUGAAAUUAAUGGUUCAAAUGCUUUUCCAGUGGAUACAAUCCAGACGAUCCAAGAAGAUUUUGAAUUCUUAAGAUCUUUCCUGGAGAAAAUCAAGGAACAGCGCAAUCAGAACGAAAAACUCCAAGCUUUCUGGAGUCGUGUUAUGGAGGUUGCCUAUAAAGCAGAGUUAGUGAUCGACUGGACACUUAUUGGUGAUGGACGUGAAUAUUUUUUGGAUGAUGUUGCUAGAGAUAUCAAUGUUAUGAAGAUUGAGGCUCAAGAGAUCUAUGAUAGGAUAAACUAUGUUGGUGAAACCAAGAGAGUCACCAAGACUUUCACUCGCAUGCCAUCAAAACUUACCGCUGCCACGUACAAUGAAGGUCUGGUGCGUCUCGACAACGAGGUCGAAACUAUCACUCAAAGACUUACAAAAGGGGCAAGGCAAUUGGAUGUUGUUCCUAUCGUGGGUAUGCCUGGGCUUGGUAAGACCACAUUAGCCACUAUAAUUUACAGCUCUUCUUCAGUAAUGUUGCACUUCCAUAUUCGUGCUUGGUGUAUUGUUUCUCAAGCAUAUAGCAUGCACAACUUGUUAGUUUAG